UUCGCAUCCGACACUGCAGCCACGCGGCAGCAACAUGAAGCGCUUUUUUGUAUCGUUCGUAGUCCUGGUGGUGGCCACCAUUGCGACGGUGGCUGAGAUUAGUCCCAAGUGCGCGGUCUCCGUAACUACGGCUAGUGGAUCGCAGGCUCGCCCCGGCCCGUACUGCUCCGGAGAGCUGAUCUUUGAGGAUAACUUCAACUUUUUGGAUUUUGAAAAAUGGGAGCACGAGAACACCAUGAGUGGCGGUGGGAACUGGGAGUUUCAACGGUAUCUAAACCACCGAUCGAAUUCGUACUGCGAGAAUGGCAUCUUCUACAUUCGCCCAACCCUGUUGGCCGAUGAAACCGGUGAAGCGUUCCUGAGCAGCGGAAUUCUUAACAUUCACGGUGGACAACCGGCGGACCAGUGUACCAGCCCGAUAUUCUGGGGCUGCGAACGGCAAGGCACCCCAACAAACUACAUCAACCCGAUCAAGAGUGCCCGGGUGCGUUCGGUGGAAUCGUUCAACUUCAAGUACGGUACGCUGGAAGUGCGUGCCCGCAUGCCCACCGGUGACUGGCUGUGGCCUGCCGUUUGGUUGUUGCCCAAGCGCCAAGUGUACGGUAUGUGGCCAGCUUCCGGAGAGAUCGAUCUGCUGGAAUCGCGAGGCAACGUUGAUUAUCGCGACGCCAACGGUGUGCACAUCGGAACGGAGCAGUUCGGCUCUACGCUACACUUCGGCCCGAGCACAACACUAAACGGUUGGGAGACGACGGUCGCGUACAAGAACACUCCGGCUGGACAGGGCUGGAACACGGGUUUCCACAACUAUCAGCUCACCUGGACACCGGAUUACAUUCGUUUCUCGGUUGAUGGUCAGCUCGUGCGACAGAUCGACGCCGGCACCGGUUUCUGGGAUCGUGGUAACUUUGGCAACAUCGCACCGGGCACUGAGAAUCCCUGGAUUCACGGUACGCGCAUGGCACCGUUCGAUCAGGAGUUCUACAUCAUCAUGAAUCUGGCGGUCGGAGGCACGAAUGGAUACUUCCCGGAUGUGCCCCCGGCAACCAACGCUAACCGCGGCAAACCGUGGGCCAACAACUCACCGUCGGCGGCACGUGACUUCUGGCAGGGACGCAACUCGUGGCUGCCAACCUGGCGGAUGACCACCAACCGUGGCAAGGAAUCCUCGCUGCAAGUUAACUACGUCCGCGUCUGGGCUCUGUAAGACUGUGGAGAAUGAGUAAUUCCCACUGAACAUUAAAGCACUCUGCUCUGUAUAAGCAGUUAUCAUAAUUUCAAUAAACGAC